AUGUCGGACGACAAAGAAAAAAAGUUCGUGUACAAGCAUGUUUUCGAAAAUAUGCGAAUCGCCUGUUAUUUGCAUGGACCCAAGGAGAAGCAUUUUGGUGUCUCCUGGCAACUUAACCUAUCUAAAGAUUAUUAUGACGGCAUCGCAUAUUUCUAUUGUGAAAGCCUCCAAACCGGCAAUUGGUCAAUUAACACAACUUGCGAUGUGUUUGUUAACGGAAAACCAUUCAGCACUGGAGAGAAUUUUAAGUUUGGACAAAGAAUUUUAAGUUUGGACAAGACUUUUAAAUUUGGAAAAAUUAGAUCGCCGUUAAAUCGCUGGGACCUAUCCAAGAAUGAUAUCCAGAAAUACGGAAUCGAUGACAAUGCCACGUUUGAAGUCCGUGUGAAAAUCAAUGAAAUGACUGGAUUCUUUCGUGAUUUCGACGAUUACUUCGCAAAAGAAUCAUCUGUUGUUCAAUUUUUGAUGAAAAUCUCGAUAAACGAUUUUCCAGACAAAUUUCAAUUAUCUCUCAAAUACAAAUUGGAUAAUUUGAAGAAGAAGUGUCUGUCGGAAAUGAACAAAAACACCGAUUUCGCUAGAUUGGCGCCUUCGAAUUGUAACGAAUAUAGCGCCGAAAUCUGGAAGGAGCUCUAUCGGAAAGCUGUCAGUUCUCUUAAAUAA